AAUUGCAUUGGUUACAUCAUUCUCGGCCGCCGAUAAGAUUGUUUUCUUGGAUUGGCUAAUAGCGUUCCUUCCCGCCUGGCUCUUCUUCGUCACAAGCUGACGAUUGGUUAAUCGCGUUGCCAAGCUCUGGACGCGGCUCGACCAUUGGAGGCCGCGGGCCCGCCCCCGUCAGCUAGGUGAAGGUGAGAGUCUCCUCCAGUCGCAGCGGCCAGACCUGACCGGCGAGCUCUGGGCGCGGGGUGAAACCGUUCGAUUCCUGCUCUCUCGAUAUGGCGCCUCCGUCAGUCUUUGCCGAGGUUCCGCAGGCCCAGCCUGUCCUGGUCUUCAAGCUCACUGCCGACUUCCGAGAGGAUCCGGACCCCCGCAAGGUCAACCUGGGAGUGGGAGCGUAUCGCACGGAUGACUGCCAUCCCUGGGUUUUGCCAGUAGUGAAGAAAGUGGAGCAGAAGAUUGCUAAUGACCAUAGCCUAAACCACGAGUAUCUGCCAAUCUUGGGCCUGGCCGAGUUCCGGAGCUGUGCUUCUCGUCUUGCCCUUGGGGAUGACAGCCCAGCUCUCAAGGAGAAGCGGGUAGGAGGUGUGCAGUCUCUGGGGGGAACGGGUGCACUUCGAAUUGGAGCUGAUUUCUUAGCGCGCUGGUACAAUGGAACAAACAACAAGAACACACCCGUCUAUGUGUCCUCACCAACCUGGGAGAAUCACAAUGCUGUAUUUUCCGCUGCUGGUUUUAAAGACAUUCGGUCCUAUCGCUACUGGGAUGCAGAGAAGAGAGGACUGGACCUCCAGGGCUUCCUGAAUGAUCUGGAGAACGCUCCUGAAUUCUCCAUCAUUGUCCUCCACGCCUGUGCACACAACCCAACUGGGACCGACCCAACUCCGGAGCAGUGGAAGCAGAUUGCUUCUGUCAUGAAGCACCGGUUUCUGUUCCCCUUCUUUGACUCAGCCUAUCAGGGCUUUGCAUCUGGAAACCUAGAGAGAGAUGCCUGGGCCAUUCGCUAUUUUGUGUCUGAAGGCUUCGAGUUCUUCUGUGCCCAGUCCUUCUCCAAGAACUUCGGGCUCUACAAUGAGAGAGUCGGGAAUCUGACUGUGGUUGGAAAAGAACCUGAGAGCAUCCUGCGAGUCCUUUCCCAGAUGGAGAAGAUUGUGCGGAUUACUUGGUCCAAUCCCCCCGCCCAGGGAGCACGAAUCGUGGCCGACACCCUCUCUAACCCUGAGCUCUUUGAGGAAUGGAAAGGUAAUGUGAAGACAAUGGCUGACCGGAUUCUGACCAUGAGAUCUGAACUCAGGGCACGACUAGAAGCCCUCAAAACCCCUGGGACCUGGAACCACAUCACUGAUCAAAUUGGCAUGUUCAGCUUCACCGGGUUGAACCCCAAGCAGGUUGAGUAUCUGAUCAAUGAAAAGCACAUCUACCUGCUGCCAAGUGGUCGAAUCAACGUGAGUGGCUUAACCACCAAAAAUCUAGAUUAUGUGGCCACCUCCAUCCAUGAAGCCAUCACCAAAAUCCAGUGAAGAAACACCACCCAUCCAGUACCACCAAAGUAGUUCUCUGUCAUGCGUGUUCCCUGCCUGCACAAACCUACAUGUACAUAUCAUGGAUUAGAGACACUUGCAGGACUGAAAGGCUGCUCUGGUGAGGCGGCCUCUGUUUAAACCGUCCCCAUGUGAAGAGAACAUCCCUUGAGACGAAUUUGGAGACUGGGAUUAGAGCCUUGGGAGGUCAAAGCAAAUUAAAAUUUUUAUUUAAGAAUAAAAGAGUACUUUGAUCACGAGACAUAGGUAUCUUGUCCCCCUGGCUAAAAGGCAGGAGUGUUGCAUGUGACAACCACGUGCUUCUGUGUGGUGUUUGACUCUGUACAAAGUCUAGUCCCAAAGAUCAAGUUGUCUGAAGGAGCCAAAGUGUGAAUGUGGGUGUCAGCUGUGGCAUUAAACUCAUCAUCUCAACCCGGAGUGUCUGGUCCCUGCUCUUUCUGCAUGGUUGUGUCCCUAGUCCUAAGCUUUGGUUCUUUAGGGCGACUGUGUUAAGAAGGAUAUUUAAUCAUGACACACACAUAUUUAACUGAAACAGAAGUUUGACCAAACAGUAUUCACUCGUGAUGUGUGUAGUGCGUUCUAUUUUUGAGCCAUUCUACUGUGUUCUACUUCACCUAAAAAAGUAAAAUAAAAAUGUUGAUCAAGA